AUGCUUACAAAGGCCUCCUUUGCCAUCGAAUUCGGCCCUCAUCCAGUAGUUUCAGGCAUGAUCAGAGCGACUCUCGGCUUUGAUAUUACAGUUCUGCCUACUUUUCGCCGCAAUACCGAUCCUUGGGAAUCGUUUUGGAUCCCGGACAGAAACGAUUGGACUCUCACGAAGGGUGAUAUUCCUGUUCACCAGUGUCGCGUUGCAGCCGAAUUAGACAAGUCUAUACCGUCGACAUCUUCUUUCAAUAUUGCUCAAUCUGCCAUCGUGGAGACUCCAAAACUUAAAUCUAGUGCCAUUCAUGAGGUUCUGGAAGAACGGAUUACAAGUAAUGGGUAUGAAGUUGUCACGGAGUGUGAUGUUAACCGUGCUGAUGUUCGGCCUUUUAUCCGGGGCCACACUGUCGAUGGCUUCAGCCUAUGUACACCGGAACGUGGAAGCGAGAUUGGUCAGCUUUCUACCUUUUCCAUGAAGUUUAUUAACAAGUCUGAUAGCCAAGAUUUCUCACAGAAGCUCCCGAACAUGCUAGAACACUUGGAAAGAAUGCGUCGCCAACUCACUGAGGGGAAGACCUGCAGAUUCAGCGGGCCAAUGGCGUAUGGUUUAGUCUCUGCGCUGGCUGAAUUCAGCCUGGACCACUAUUGCGUCGACGAGGCCCUAUACGACAAUGAACUUUAUGAGUGUAUUCAAGUGGUCAGCUUCGGCCAGAUGAAAAAGGGAGGCAUAUUUCACAUCAACCCUGGUUUGAUCGAUGGCUUGACCCAGUUAGGAGGUUUCACUAUGAAUGCCAAUGACAAGACGAAACUUGACACAACCGUCUUGGCAAAUCAUGACUGGAAGAAUUUGCAGCUGUUUGAGGCCAUUGGAGACGGUUGCCAGUACUUUGCCCAUGUCCGCAUGACCCCUGGAGACAAGGUUCUUUGGGAAGGCGAUGUGACUAUUUUCACGGACGAUCGAAUCGUUGGCUUGGUGGAAGGAAUUCAAGAGGUUCCUCGUCGAUUGCUCAAGUUCAUACUAACGCAAGCAGCCAAACCUCCAAAAUUCAAGACCAAAACUAAAGGUGCUCCUAUACUUGCUGCACCUGUACUAGUUGCCUCUAAGGCAACCGCCUCGGCCUGUAAAGCGUCUCUAGAAGUUUUGGCAUGCGUUAAUUCCUUAACAUCUAACGCUAUGGGGAUUGUCGCGGAACAAAGCGGUAUUCCACUAUCAGAUUUGCGCGAUGAAACUCGAUUUGAUGACAUUGGUAUCGACUCUCAACUUGCACUAAUGACCACAAGCUUAUUGGCUGAAGAGCUUGGCAUUACCGCGGACUCAACACUCUUUUUGGGAAACAGUACCGUGGCUGGCUUGAAGAGGGCUUUGGGACGACCGCCAUUAUCCUCUACACUGCCGGAAUGUCAAGGCUCUACAGAAGUCAGAGAUUCGACCCCCGCCAUUCAAUCUACUACUACAACCGUGUCGCAAAAAGUGCCUUCAUCGGCUUACCAAGGUCAGACGGUGUUCUCCGCGGCGGCAUCUGAAGCAGGGGAUCUAAACGCCGAUAAGAAAUUUGCCAGUGUACUGAGAAUUAUUUCCGAGGAGGUCAAUGUACCUGUCGAACAUCUCACUGAUAAUAUCUUGCUUGCAGAUCUUGGAGUAGACUUGCUUCUUUCCCUGAUCAUUGGAAGUCGCCUUCGAGACGAACUAGAGAUAGACAUCGACACACAAUCUAUGCUGACAACUCUGGAUUCGAUUCAUGCUCUUUGCAUAUCCCUGUUUGCUACUGGCAAUAAAACGAGGCCUAGUUCAUCGCAGCUCAACUUCUCAGGCUAUAGCACACCUCCUUUAAUGGAAGCCUGA